AUGCCUUUAUGUGAAGAUAACAAUAAAGCUUUCACAUCAACAAGUUCUGGUUCACAACUAAAAAAAAUUAAAAAAGAUGGUUCUAGCUUUAAUGAAAAAGAACUUUCUCAUUUUGAAGUUGAAUUUUCUGAAUCCAAAUUGCAUGAUAUGAUAAAUCUUGCAUCAAUAAAUAGUUAUAUUAAAGUUGAAGAGAAAAUAGAUAAAA